AUGAAUAGAGUGGACGCAAUUUUUUCGUGCUUGUGCAUCGUAAUUCUCUUUCAAACUUUGGCCCGUGCCGAAGAUGUCGCAAAGGAGUUGAACGACACUUUGAGGGUUGACGUUUCUCAGGGAAUUGCACUGUAUAUCGCGAAUGGCGAAGCGAACGUUACUCUGAGCCUGUCGUCGCUGUUCGGAAGGAACGAUGUAGAGCAACGAGAUACAGGAAGAUUCAAACUUAAGAAAGGUAUCCUAAAAAGAAUUGGAAUGACGAUGAUGAUGGCUCCUCUGAUCUGGCAGUUGGCAACGUUACCAGCUACCCUCGCCUCCCUCAAGAUCAAUCUGCUUCGAAGCAUCUUCAUAGGAAAAAUCGCAUUGGCGAUAAUGUUGUACAACGCGCUGAGGAAUUCGCAGAAAUCGGAGGUGGUACUGAUCCAUAAACCUGAAUAUCACGAUCACUAUUAUCACACUUAUCACGAACUGGAAGACGACGACAAAGGCUGGUGGGGACGACGAAUGAAACGGCACCUUUAA